AGUUACCAAGUUAAGUGCAAUAUCGAGCGUGAAGUUGAACGCGAUGACUCAUCAUUUCGAGCGUGCUUGUGCACAUUAUUGUUGUUCUUGGCUCUUUUUGGAAUCAUUUCCAUAUUUCUGUGGAGAUUUCAAGAAAUAUCAUCUUAUCAUCAGGUACGACAUCAUCGACCACCAUCAGACUCUUCUUGGCUUGGGAAGAUCAUCAGAAAUGAUAUUAAAACAACUCUUCCGUCAACUCCUGAUGUGCCACAUACUACAACCCCUUCAACAGAAACAGAAGAAAAUAAACAUUUUAUAAAAGUCCAAGAUAACUCAUCAUCCGUGUUCAGUACAGCUGGUAUUGAAGAAACACUAGAUAAAAACCCUGCAACAAAAAUAGAUGAGAGUGAUACAACCCCAACAUCACUAUCUGAUAAAUACGAUAAAACUGAAGCAUCUUCAAGUGAAAAUCUAGAAAAUUCAACCUCACAGUUUACCCAAACUUCAGAAACUAGAAUAUCUAUUGAAACUUUAAUGUCUACUACGUCAAAUGAGGAUCCAUCUUCUCUUUCAGUAGAAUCUAGUGCUCUUCCCAGCACAGAAUCAAGUUUAGACUUUUCAACACAAGAAAUUUCCACUUCAAAAAUGCUUGUAAGUAUGAAGCUGGAAGAGAUUACAACAUUGGCUUCUACAGCAGAAGAACUUGAGACAACAGUUGGUUCAGAUUUGACCGAAGCAGACACUACUUCAGAUGAAGAUUACACUAAAACUUCAGAAGUUGGAACUACAAAUUUUGAAAAACCUACUGGUGUCCCAACUACUGAAGAAUCAGCUCCAGCAACAACUAUAAGUAGUAGGCCUACAACUGAGAGGACUUCGACCACUCCGAUAGUAACUGUUCCACCGAUAACCUGUUCUGUUGUAACAUGUCCUGAGACGUCCUGCCCUGCGUGUCCUUUGGUUACUUGUCCGACAAUCACCUCAACUACUAUACCUUCAACAACUGCCAAACCAGAGGUUCCUGUGUGCAAGACAAACCAGUGCUACGUGACUGCCUCCAGGAUGCUAUCUCUAGUCAAUGUGACCGUAGACCCCUGUGAGGACUUUUACUCUUACGCUUGUGGAGGAGUGUUCAACAAUCCAACAUUACUGGAGACUGACCUGCAGGCCGAUGUUUGGGCUAGGAUUGCCAAGGGUGUAAAAAACAUAUCUACCACCAGUCCCAAUGCUCACCAAAAACUGAAGAAUUUCUACAAUGGGUGUGUCAACUAUGAUAAAACUGUAACAAUGGAGGAGAGGAAGAAACAAGGACGCAGAGUGCUGGAUGAUGUUGCCAAAUUUGCAGACUCUUCAAGUACUCCAGAAAAUGAUUUUACGGAACUACUCAUCAGAUUGUUUCAACAUGGCAGCCGACCUCUAUUUGACCUUCGUCUGGAUGUGGAUUCUUCCAACUCGUCCCAGUUCCAGCUGGUAGUGACAGUGCCGGACUGGCUGAACUCCCACUUCUACGACAGAACGGAGCGCUGCAAGGUGACGUCUGUACCGGCUGAGCUCGUCACAGCGUACGAGGAAUACAAGCACUGUAUGGGGAAUUUUUCAGAUUUUAUUGACACCACUCAGAAAGCACUUGAGUUCUUUGGAGUGUUUGACUAUUUACCACCAUAUAACGCCUCACAGCUUAUCCAGGAGAUACGGAUAUCAAUGGAGUUUGACAUUUUAGAGCUUCUCAGGGAAUAUCCAUCCCCUGAUGUUGUCAGCAAGGAAACUCAAUCAAAGACUUACAAACUUACUCCAAAAAUACGACUGGAGUCAGAGCUACCAAUGAUUGCUUGGAGCUACUUAUUUUCCAGUCUGCUCAAUGUAGACAUUUCUGAUGCAUCCAAUGUUCAGGUCUACUUCAUAGACUAUCUUAAGAAAUUCUUCAAUCAGCUUCAAACAAAAAGUGUGAGAAGCGUACACAACUCCCUACUGGCCAUUUUCGCUCAUGACCUCUACGUAGACCUGGUGCUGACUCACAAGCCAUGUGACAGAGAGAGUUACUGUCUGGAGGUCACUGCAGCUCUGAUGCCGGUCAUCACAUCCAACCUGUAUCUGGAGAGCUUCCCAACCCAGGUGGACCGGGAGUUGAGAAAACAGGUCGUCCUCACAUAUCAACAUCUGGAGGCAGCGAUGGAGGAGAAAAUAUCCACAGCUACCUGGCUAGAUGAGAAAACAUCCAAUGAAAUCUCCAAGAAACUAAAGUUUAUGUCUAUUCAGUUGCCUAGGAGGUUUAACAAUUCUAUUUUGGACUCAAGUCUAGGAGAGUGUACCCUGGCAGGCAACUACCUAGAGGACUCUGUCUGUAUGUUGAAGCAUCUUCAGGUACAACUGUACUCCCGAUACACCUUGGACCCUCAUUCCGACCAUGCUAUGUGGCCACAUUUCCUGACUGCAUUUUCUACACAAACUGCCUUUGUAUAUGGAUUGAACACGUUUAUGAUUCCCUUGUCAGUGAUCUGGCCAGUCUAUGAUCCUCAGAUGCCUAAGCAUGUUGUUAUGGCAACACUGGGCAACAUUCUGGCCAGGGGGAUUGGCCAUAACUUUGACCACACAGGAGUGAAGUUUGUGGCAGGAGGGAAGAUUGGAAUGAUGCUGUCUGAAGCUACGAACCCAACAUACGAGACAGUCGUAGAGAAUAGCAACAUGCAGUUCAGCUGGACUAAAUCACACAGAGAAGAUGGAAAAGUGUUCUCCUACCUGCUAGACCCCGAUUUGACUCUCAAUGAACGUCUGUCUGACAUCACUGCGGCCAAUCUCUCACUCUCAGCAAUAUUGGGCACUGCAGACACUGUUCUUCCCUGGACUCCCUUCUCUUCAUCACAGGUCUACUUCCUUGCCCUGGCUCAGAGUUUCUGUUCCAAGAAGAGAAUGCCACAGAUGUUCACCUCAUUGUACGAAGGAACUUCACUUUUGCCCUUUGACAGAGUAUUCAACAUGGCUGCCAACUCUGAGCAGUUUGCGCUCGCUUUUCACUGCCCCCUUGGCACUACCAUGAACAUGGCCAGCGAGCUCAAGACCAGACCAUUCCCUACAUUUGAGAAAGAAGAAGCUUAUAUGCCAGAAUACUCAUGAGAGUUUUUUAUUAAUAAAAAGAGU